UGAAGCUCCAAGCAUACUGUUGAGCACAAAAGUACUGCAGAACAGAUACAGCUUUAGCACUAGAAGAAAAAACAACUCCUCAUCGCCAACAACUAGCAUGGUCUCGGAAGUGCCUGAAGAACCAGUGUGCAGUGCGAUUCCAGGUAUUGUUUAUGAAUACCAACCUAAAUAUGAUCAGCAGUAUGGUAUUUCUGGAGAUUAUUACAGUGUUGAUCAACAGAGAACACUGGGGGAGAUCCUCACCUACUGCCAGGUCAUGUAUGAUGCCAUCCAGAAGCUCGAUCAGAAAUUUGACCAACUCCAAGCGAAAGUCACAAAUGUGCAGCCUGUGCAUUUGGGUCCCCCCCUGUUAAAAAGAAAACCAGUGGUACCUCCCAGUACAGGCAUUCAUCAGGUCCGCAUACAGGUCUCUCCCGGUGGUAAUGCUGGGCUGACGAUGCCUCAGCAGAUCCAGACCUGCCCCCCUUUCUUCCAGCAACAAGUGGGUGCUGAGCAGCCUGAUAUCAUAUCUCCAGCUCCCAGAGUCCACAGGCCUUCACCGGUGCCACCUUUCCAGUCCCCAAAUCAGCAUGGUGUGCAUCUACACUCCAUCGUCUCUACCGAUUUCACAGCACCGGACCCAGAGCCCUGCCACAGCUUUGGCGAGCCCAGCACAGAUCAUCUGUUGGAGGAGGCUGAUGUCAAAGCCAGAUGCAAGACCAAACAAGUGGACGAGCCUUUAAGGCGCUCCUGUACCAGUCCAGAGUUGAUUGGGGACCCCGGACGAAAUGUUACAAUUCCUACAAACGUGCUGCAGAAACUUUCCCAAAAAACGAAUCCAAGGAACACUGUGCGAUUCUUGCUGCGUGCCCUGUUCUCUAUCGAAACUCUGACCUGCAGCAACGUAAUGGGGGACGUGGGGCGAGGGCUCAGCAAACUAGACCCCAAUAAAAUAGCAGCUAUGAGAGAAUGGCUUGUUGAAAGAUUUCCAAGCUACGAUCUGCGGGAAAAAGGGAGAGACUGGAGGGCCUGUAUUUCAAUCAUAAAUUCCGCUGUGAGGCAAAUGCGCUUUGAAGCAAGAAAACUCAGAAAACUUCAGAUGAACCCAACUGGACAAGCAAACCCACCAGGAGAGAGCCCUCACAGUGAGAUAGAUGAACAAAGAGGAGGAGACAGAACAGAAGAGCAGCCGUUGGGAAUGGUGGAGGCAGCUGAGAUCUGUGUGGAGCUGGAGUCUGACAGCGAGGAAGAGUACAGCUCCCUACCAGUCCUGGAGAGUCAGGAGCUGUUCGGAGAGGAGUCUGUCGAGUAUCUUGGUGACCCCAUGAGAGGAGUCAGGAUCGCCCACUCUGUGAUGCUUGCAGCCAGGCAGAAGAGGAAGCCAGAGUCAGCAGCUCGUUUCCUCAUCAGACACAUUUUCCCUGACCGAGUGCUACUGAAAAGCAAUGUGCACGGCAGCAAGGAACGAGGGAUCCCUGCUCUGGAUUUCAGCAAGAUCAGCGCUCUACGAGAGUUCCUCAAAGAGCAGUUCCCUGAGUUCAAGCUGAAUGAAGAUGGAUAUGAUUGGAAAGUGUGUGUGAUUGCCAUGAACGCCACUAUCCGCAGGUUCAGAUACGACCUGCAAAAGUUCAAAAGAGUGGCCAGAGGUGACAGCCGGUAGGAUGAGAACAGUCAACAUCCACCUUCUUAAGAUGACCCUCAGUACAAACAGUGCUACCAAGCAAAACUGCAACCGAUUUGACAUGGUUAUAGAAAUGUUUUGUAUUGUUCUUAUUAUAUUUCUACUUAUCUUCAUUGGUAUUUAAAAAAAACAAAACAGAUAAGACAGUUAAGUUAAAAUUGAAGAAACAAUGGGCAAAAUGUCAACAGUGGGUACAUUUCCUAUAUCAUACAGUUGUUAUUGUUAAGGUAUUUUGCCUAUAGUUGAAAAUAUGUGUGUAGUUUCAUAUGGAAAAUGAUUCUGUACUAGUCAAGUUCAACUAUCUGGGUAUGAUUAGCAGUAAUCUUGUACUACUAAAUGUGCUCUUUGUGAAGGUAGUCCUAGAUUAGAGUUAGUUGGAAUCUAGAAAACCAACCUAUGGAAUUGGUUUUACUUUUAAGACCAUAUGUGACAUUACCACACUAUUUUGUAUUUAUUUGAAGAAAUUACAAAAGAGCGACUACUAUGUUGGC